GCAAAAAACAAAAGAAAGAUGAGUGUAAGAAGAUUUGUGAGCGUCUCUCUGCUAAUAGCAGCUCUAUUUUCAUCACUAUGCGAGUCCCAGAAUAAUUUUGCGUGUGAUAGAAAUGAUCACGCGACAGCUAAGUACGGUUUCUGCAACGUCUCCUUGUCGUACGAGACACGUGCCAAAGAUUUGGUCUCACGUCUCUCCCUUAAGGAAAAAGUCCAGCAACUCGUUAACAAAGCCACCGGAGUUCCAAGGCUCGGUGUUCCUCCGUACGAGUGGUGGUCAGAAGCUCUUCACGGCGUCUCCAACGUUGGACCAGGGGUGCGGUUCAACGGGACGGUUCCUGGAGCCACGAGUUUCCCGGCGGUGAUAUUAACUGCGGCGAGCUUUAACACAUCGUUAUGGCUAAAAAUGGGAGAAGUGGUUUCAACGGAGGCUCGAGCCAUGCACAACGUUGGACUUGCUGGUCUCACGUAUUGGAGUCCAAACAUUAACGUCUUCAGAGAUCCAAGGUGGGGUCGUGGCCAAGAGACGCCAGGAGAGGAUCCUCUCGUUGUUUCCAAAUACGCCGUGAACUACGUCAACGGUUUACAAGACGUUCACGAAGCCGGCGGGAAAUCACGGCGGCUUAAAGUCUCCAGCUGCUGCAAGCACUACACAGCUUACGAUCUUGAUAACUGGAAAGGCAUCGAUAGAUUCCACUUUGACGCCAAGGUGACGAAGCAAGACUUGGAAGACACGUAUCAGCCACCAUUCAAGAGCUGUGUAGAAGACGGAGAUGUGAGCAGUGUGAUGUGUUCUUACAAUAGGGUUAAUGGCAUCCCAACUUGUGCUGACCCUAAUCUUCUUCGUGGCGUUAUCCGAGGCCAAUGGCAUCUUGAUGGGUACAUAGUUUCUGACUGUGAUUCCAUCGAGGUCUAUUUCGACUCCAUUCAUUACACUAAGACACGUGAAGACGCUGUUGCUCUCGCUCUCAAAGCAGGUUUAAACAUGAACUGUGGAGACUUUCUAGGUAAGUACACAGAGAAUGCAGUGAAUCAAAAGAAACUGAACGGAUCAGAGGUUGAUGAAGCGCUGAUUUACAACUACAUUGUCCUCAUGAGGCUUGGAUUCUUUGACGGGGAUCCGAAAUCGCUUCCAUUUGGCCAUCUUGGACCGUCUGAUGUAUGCAGCAACGAUCAUCAGAUGCUUGCAUUAGAAGCCGCAAAGCAGGGGAUUGUGCUACUUGAGAACAGAGGAGAUCUUCCCUUAUCGAAAACCGCGGUCAAGAAACUAGCUAUCAUAGGUCCAAACGCAAACGCUACAAAGGUAAUGAUUAGUAACUACGCAGGCGUGCCUUGUAAGUACACAAGCCCGUUACAAGGGAUGCAAAAGUAUGUACCAAAAGGUGUUGUUUACGAGCCGGGGUGUAAAGAUGUCAAGUGCGGUGACCAAACGCUGAUCGCAGCAGCAGUUAAAGCGGCAUCAGAGGCUGAUGUCACGGUUUUAGUGGUUGGAUUGGAUCAGACGGUGGAAGCAGAGGGUCUUGACCGGGUUAAUCUAACACUUCCGGGCUAUCAAGAAAAGCUGGUUAAAGAUGUGACUAAUGCUGCUAAGAAAACUGUUGUUUUGGUCAUAAUGGCUGCUGGACCUAUUGAUAUCUCAUUUGCCAAGAAUCUGAGUAAGAUUCGCGCGGUUUUAUGGGUUGGUUAUCCUGGUGAAGCUGGAGGAGAUGCUAUAGCUCAAGUCAUCUUUGGUGAUCACAAUCCUUCUGGGAGACUACCAGAGACAUGGUACUCACAAGAGUUUGCGGACAAGGUUGCUAUGACUGAUAUGAACAUGAGACCUAACUCCACUUCUGGCUUCCCUGGAAGAUCUUACAGAUUCUACACAGGGAAACCCAUUUACAAGUUUGGACAUGGACUAAGCUACUCUUCUUUCUCCACUUUUGUUCUCUCAGCUCCAUCAACCAUACAUAUCAAAACCAACCCAAUCUUGAAACUAAACAAGACAACAUCUGUCGAUAUCUCCACGGUUAACUGCCACGAUCUGAAGGUCAAGAUCGUCAUCGGAGUCAAGAACAAUGGGUCAAGGUCCGGGAGCCACGUGGUUCUCGUGUUCUGGAUACCCCCAGAGUCUUCAAAGUCUCUGGUGGGUGGUGGCGUGCCGCAUACGCAACUGGUGGCGUUUGAGAGAGUAGAAGUUGGGAGAAGCAUGACAGAGAAAGUUACUGUUGAGUUUGAUAUAUGCAAAGGACUUAGUCUGGUGGAUACUGACGGUACAAGGAAACUAAUCCCUGGACACCACAAGGUUGUUAUUGGAUCUAACAGCGACCAACAAAUCAUCCAUCAUCUCAACGUUAGGUUGGCUGGAGAUUCAACUGUUUCUUUCUGAAAAAAAAAACAAAGAGAG